AUGAGGAAGAUCACCCCAUCCAAGCCUAGUUUUGAUCUCAAUGCAGCUAUCUCAGCUGUGGAAUCCUUGCUUGGUGGGAAGCACAACAGCCAUCCUGCUUCAGUCAAAUAUGUUGCACUUAGGGAUGGUUCAGGAGCCCUAGCUCAUGUCAUUCAGAUUCAGAGUGACGUGGAUGAUAGCUGGCUUGAGGCCAUGGCUCAGGCCACGGCUCAAGGCUUCGUGCAUCAUGAGCUUGAGCUUUGGGCUUUGCUGGGCCUUGAUGAUGGCCCAAGAAGGCCUGGCUUUGGGACGGCUGGCCCUGGCUGGCUUACGGCUUUGGGCCGGGCCUGGCACAUCACUAGGUGCCGUUAUGAAGAAAACUGCAUUUGUUUCAGGCCAUACUCUCUACUGAAUAAUUGCAAUCACUUGCUACAUGCAAUCAGGCAUCAUUCUGACCGUGAUUUCCCCAGUGCGGCAGUGCCUCCUGUCCUUGUCCCUUAUCAAGACCAAAUACCCAAGCCCGUCCUCCCCAACUACAUCCCUUUCAAAUGCGCCCCUCAGCCUUUUCUUGACCUCCAUUGCCUCUCUGACUCCGCGCCACCACAAUCGGAUUCGUAUAGCGCUCUUGCGUUUUGGUUCCGAUCUUUCACUAUAUCGUCCUCGCGACCUUCCUUGGACCUGAACCACGUGGCACCCCGACUAGGACCCCGAAAAAUUUUGGGCAACUCGUCGACUGCAACACACAGUCUGGCCUAUAUACACAUGUCUGGGACCGGGCUGAAGCCCAAAAGUCAGGCGGCUCCGCCACAAAAAGGUAAAGUGACGACCACUCGACAAAAUCGACCAGCCGACACAGAAGUACAGGAACGCGGAAAGACGAGAGCGACCGGGUCGGUGGAGACAGACGAAUACGAGCACAAAAUCGGCGACUCGGAUAAAGGGAGAUCUUUCCUUGAAGGAAGGCUGCUCAUGGUUCCGGCGGGGGCACUGCUCACUUUGGGUGCACUCGCCACAACACUCUUCCAGAUCGCGGCCAUGCCAGGCGUUGCCCUCCCUGCAGUUAACGCAGUAUGCGCGGUCGCUUUUCUGCUAAGGGACGUCAAACUGGAAGUAGUGGCGGAAGACAUCAGGGAUAUCGCCGUUGCCCAGUACAACGAAUUGACCAACGACUUGAAGGAUUUCACGGAGGGGCUCAGGGUGAAGGUUAUGGAGGAGUUGGAGAAGAAGACGGAGGUGUUGAAAGAAAAGACAGUGGAACUAGCAGAGGUGGUCGAAAAAGCGGCACAACAGGUGGGGAACGCGGCCAGCUCCCCAUACAGGGACGCGUUGACAAGGACGGCCUCUGGAGCCCCAAUGGAUGCCAAUCCUCGUCUAGCUGCAAAGGAGAACAUCAGGCAACGACAAUCUCUAAUCGACCUACCCAAGGGAUCAAGCCUCAGCAACUGCGCCAAUCCGGUUCUGGUGGGUAAGUUCGCGGAGGCAAUGGGAAGGGCGACAGGACAACAGCACAAAAUCAGGUCGGCUUUGAAGCUACAAAACGGUGGUAUACUGGUAGAGAUGGUCACAGACGACGGCGCGGCCUGGCUGGCCUCCAAGGCCAACGCAGAGGCCUUCCUGCAGGAGCUAGGCGAAAAGGAGGCCUCUUUCAAGAUGAGGUCGUUCAACGUCAUCGCCUACUACGUGCCGCUGAACCUGGAUGCUAACAGUGAGAAGGACAGGGGGGAGAUCGAAGAGAUGAACAACAUACCAAAGGGCGCAUUGACGAAACUAAGGUGGAUCAAGCCCCCGGCACGUAGACGACCAGACCAACGUUUCGCCCAUGUAAUCGCCACAUUCUCAGACACGGAAUCGGCCAACCGGGCGAUAGUCAACGGUCUGUCGAUAUGUCACAAGAGGGUAUCAGUAGUGAAGUGCAAGAAGGAGCCCAUAAGGUGCCUCAAGUGUCAAGGCUGGGACCACAUCGCUCUGGAAUGCGUCAUCGCAAAGGAGGUGAAUGUGUGUGGUACAUGUGGGGGGGAUCAUUGGACGAGUAAGUGCUCAGUGCAAGACGUUGUUCACUGCAGGUCUUGCAGGACAGACUCUCACACAAGCUGGGACCGCGGCUGUCCGACCUUCCUCCGGAAAAUAGAAGAACUCAAUGCCAGGGAUCCAGCCAACGACUUACCUUUCUUCCCAGCAAAGGAAUCGUGGACAUGGGCAGCAUCCUACCCAUCCUACGGUCGUUGA